CAGGAGAGAACAAGGGUCUUCGAGAGGGAUGAAAUAAAAACAAGUUUCUUAGCAGAAACAGACGAUAGGCCUUUGGAACGCUAGCUGGUAGGAAAAGUGGAUGUGAGGAGUGGGGACAGUGAUUUGAGAAAACCAAUUCAAUAUCAAGAAGCUCAGAUAUGAUCGGAAACACUUGGAGCUAUAUUCUUUAUUUAUAUGGACUGGUUAUUGACUCACUGAUUGUCUGUGAUAAUAGUGAUCGACUGUCGGCGUCAAGCGUCAACAGGACGGAGUUCCCCUUGCAGUAUAUGGGACAAUGGUAUUUCCUGGCAGCGGCUGCCCCCUCGGAGUCAGGGGCUCUGGAAACCUUCAAGGUGAUGGACAAUGCGGAGUUCAGGGUCCAAGCAAGCACAGAGCAGGAGAAGCUGGUGUUCAUAGCGACCGUCAGAGUUAAAGAUGGCUCGUGUGUUCCUCGGAAGUGGAUUUACCUCCUGACUGAUGGAAGCACUGAACUGCGCACUGAGGGGCACCCAGACAGAACCACCGAGUUAUUCUCAUCUAAAUGCUCAAAGUGUGUCAUCCUGAAAGAGACAGAAAAUGACAUUUCCAGGCUCCUUCUCUACUCUCGUUCACCCCAGCUAGAAGAAGAAUUUAUAGAGGAGUUUAAAGAGAAGGCCUCGUGUGAAGGAUACAAAGAGAUAUUGGAGAUUCCACAGACACUAGAUUACUGUCAUAUGGAAAAAUGAGGAUUUGAUUCCAUUGAUGUCAUCAGCCUUUAAAUAGAACCAAAUAGCAGCAGAAAGGAAGCAACACACAAUAAAAGUGGUUUAUCUAACUGCCCUGUGCUUUCAAUUAGUGAAUCGUCUUUCCUCACAGAAGCCAUGUAACAAGCCAGUAUUUUAUAUAAAUUGAUAAAAAGACUGAAAUAAAAUGGAAGUGAUGAGUGGUUAUUUAUUAACAUUA